AGUACUAGAAUAGAAGUUGUUAAACGAACACCGUCCCGUGUGCAUCAAUUGCAGUGCAGUGUCUGUUUUUCAUCGUUCGUGAAUGUUGUUGUUUUUAUUUUUAUUCGGUAGUUGAUUAUUUGUAAUUGUAUUUGCGCGUUGCGCUGAAUGUUUUGUUCUUUAUGUCAACAUAAAAUGAAAAAAUAAUAAUAAGUGUGAAGUGAUUCUUAAAAAAGAAAAUAAUGUAUUGCCUUAAAAAUAUGUUCAAUUAGAGUUCUUUUAAAGGAAAUAUUUCUUUAUUGGCGUUUUAUUUUGUCGUCUCUGUAUCGGUUAAUCGUUUGGCCCGGUAAAAGGAAUAAUAAAAGAAAAAAGAAAAGAAAAACUGGAAACUUACCCCAUCCACAAUUAUACAAGAAAACAAAGAAAAAGUAAAAUAGGACUGGUGUUUCAUAAAAUAAAUAAAUUUUGGUAUUGCCUCGGUUUGGUGUCUGCAGGACAAGUUUUCGAAAUAAAUACAAUUAAAAAACAAAUAUGCGUCGCCAAGUUAGUUCUUCGACUCCGUCUAAAUGCAAAAUGAAAAUCUUAAAAAUGAAUUCUCCGUUCUUGAAUAUUUUUCGUUUUGUAGUUAAAACCAACAGUGUCCUUGUGAUUCUUGUUUUGUUACAAACGCAGGUGAAUUUUGUAUCAAGCAGUAAUGAAAAAAUACUUCCCGAAGAAUCCAAAAGCUAUGCAGAUAGUGAAUUGCAGCGAGUGCGUCAUGAACAUCAUCAACAACAGCAAAGCCCACCAAUUACUCCCAGCGAAAUAUCACCACCAUCCAAAUCUCUAUCUGAAGCGUCAACUACUUCAGUAGCUUCUUCAGAUUCUUUGGGCUCUGUUGCCUUUUCAACAAAUGGUGGAUACUCCGUGUAUAAUGGGCAUACGUAUGACAAAGUGGCCCCCGAAGUUGCAGAACAGGACAUAAAAGCUACAAUCUCUGGGACAGAUGCACAUCGUCGAAAGAGCUUAGCAGGAGAGUUGCAGAAUAAACCAAGCCAAGAUGGAGAGAAGAAAACCUGCCCCCCAUCAUAUUUUACUUGUAAUGACGGUAAUUGUAUUCCAAUGAGAUGGAAAUGCGAUUCAAAGUACGAUUGUUUUGAUAAAUCAGAUGAACCUCCUGAAUGUGCAAACGCUACAAAAUGUAAUGAAGGACAGUUCUCUUGCACAAAAUCACAUAAAUGCAUUCCUAACAAUUGGAUGUGUGAUGGAGAAUAUGACUGUGGGGAAGGUGAUAUAUCAGACGAAAGCAAUUGUCGUAAUACCACUCCCAAGUGUUACCCUUAUCAGAGUGAAUGUAAAAAUGGGUUUUGUUUAAACAUUUCCAAGUUCUGUGAUGGUCACUGGGAUUGUGACAGUGAUGAAUAUAAUUGCGAUACUGAAGAGAAACUGUGCAGCGAAAUGAAUUGUUCUUUCAAUUGCAAACUUACGACAAAUGGACCAAAGUGCUAUUGCCCUCCGGGUCAGGAACCUAUUAAUACGGAAUGUAAGGAUUUUGAUGAGUGUUCAAUUGAAGGUGUAUGUGACCAAAAAUGUAGAAACACACCUGGUUCGUAUGAAUGCAUUUGUGUGGCAGGAUACAUGAGGAAUAAAAACAGAUGCAUUGCUAUAAAUGUUCCUCAAAACGAGAACGCAUCAUUGGUAUUUGUUACACAGCAUGAUAUACAGCGAGUUUCUACUACUGGACAAUCACUUGGAAAAUAUCUUAGUUCGGAUGUAUCUGCCAUUGAAAUUUGGCACCGGAAUCGUACACUAUGUGCAAUGUAUUCAACAGCUUGGACUGAAAUAUCUAUGCGUUGUCACAGAAUUGAUAACUUGACAGAUAACUGGAUGAUGCCAAUUCCAAAAAUAAUAACUAGUACGAACACUAUUGAUAAAUUAAGCUUGGAUUGGAUCUCAGGCAAUUGGUAUUUUCUCAGUAAUGAACCUGGAUUAAUAUUUAUGUGCACAAAUAAUAUGAACUAUUGUAACGUCAUUCUAAAAAGUGUACAAAAACCUGCAUCAAUGGUACUGGAUCCAACUAAAGGUUUAAUAUUUUAUGCGGACUGGAGCCCCAGCCUGAGCCGUGCGAAUUUAGAUGGAACAAAUCAAAUUGUUAUAGUAUCAACAGCAAUAUACUAUCCUAACAGGGUAACACUUGAUCUUGCUAACGAACACGUCUAUUGGAUUGAUAUCUACAAAGAUUUUAUUGAGAGAGUAGACUAUAAUGGGAAUAAUCGGUGGGCAAUGAAGAAAACUUCUGAUACUAUAAUUGCCCUAAAAUCCAUUCACGCUGUAGAAAUAUUUGAAGACACAGUGUACAUAGCGCCAUGGGCGGACAAUUUUAUAAUAUCUAUGAACAAGUUCACUUUAAAAGCAGAACAAAUGGUUCAAGAUGUAAAAAAACCUUACGAUUUUCGAAUAUUUCAUCGGCAAAAACAGCCUGAAGUUGCACAUCCAUGCAGAGAAAAUAAUGGUAAUUGCAGUCAAAUAUGUGUUCCCCUUUGGAAGAAAAUGUUUGCCACGGUGCAAUGCAUGUGUUCGCCUGGAUACAAAUUAGUAAAGAAAACUAAAUGUGUUUUAGUUGAAUAUGAAAACAUACUACUAUACACCCAAAAACGAUUGUCUUGUAUCUCGGCAGUUUCUUUGAAUCCCAAAGAAAUGACACAGGGUAUUGAGAAUGUACACGAUGCAAUUGUACCGAUGUAUAACGUCAGCUGGUCUGUCGGCCUCGAUGUCAAUGUGCGUGAAAAAUUGGUUUACUUCAUACAGGCUAGUCCUAAUGACUACUCGAUAUAUAGCCAAAAAAUGGAUGGUAGUCCUCGACAAUUUUUAACACGAGGUGCGGGAAGUGUUCCUGUGAUCGCCUAUGAUGAAAUAUAUGACCAUCUAUAUUGGGGCGGAACUAAUCAAUUGACUGUAGCGCCACUUUCUAACCUUAGGAAGUCAAUGAGUAUAUCAACUGAAAGAGAACCAAUGUCGAUAGCCAUUAGUACAAGUGCGGGGUUUCUAUAUUGGUCACACUGGCUUUUUGCAGACGUUGCUGGUUCAAUUAGAAGAUCAUGGUUAGAUGGAAGUCAUAAAGUUGUUUUGAUUAUGUCAACAAAAAGUAUGCCUAUGAAAUGGCCAUUGAGCUUAACAAUUGAUAACAAAGGCAAGAAACUUUAUUGGUGCGAUGUAAAAGAAAAAACUAUAGAGCAAGCGAACUUAGAUGGAUCUUCCCGAACUGUACUAUUUCGGGAUGAGGAAUAUCAUCCGAUUUCAAUAGCCUUUUAUAAUGGAUUUGUCUUUUGGGUUGACAAUCAAAACGGCAGCAUACGACGAUUUAAUGUUCGUCAAUCGAACAAAGUUGAGCCUGGAGCCAAUAGUUCUAGUUUAACCGAAGUUUAUGCUCUUGUUCGUGGACACACAACAAAUUUAAAGGUAUUUGAAACAACGGAGCAACCAAUUGAGUCUAAUAAAUGUGCUACAAUAAAAUGUCCUGGAAUAUGUUUUAACACGCCCAAAGGCCCAGUGUGUGCAUGUCCCGAUGAAUUUUCCUUAAACGGAACCGGGGAUAAAUGCAUUCCAAAAAUUGAUACAAAUAAUGAUGAUAUAUUUGUCAAAAAUUGUACAGGAUUUUUGUGCAAAAGAACUAAAGAAUGCAUCAAUUUGAAGGAUUUGUGUGAUGGCUUUGAUGACUGCGUGGAUGGAAGUGAUGAAGAUUAUAGUGAAUAUGGUCAAUGUCAUGCUAAAAACUGUGAUUUGAAUACGCAUUUUGUUUGUGACAUAGUGCGUUGUUUCCAGAGAUCAUUGCUAUGCAGUUCAAUCGCUUAUUGCAUGGACGGAACAGAUCAUAUGAACUGCGAAACAAAAUCUUGUAGUAGUACUGAAUUUAGGUGUGAAAAGAGCGGGAAGUGUAUACCGAAGACUUGGGUUAGAGAUGGUGUUUGGGAUUGUGGACCAGGAGACAGAUCUGAUGAAAGUGUUAUUGAAAUGGAUAUGUGCCUUGAAUUUGAAUGUGAUAAUAAGCAUUGUAUACCGUUCACUGAACAUUGCGAUGGAGUAGAUCAUUGUGGUGAUAACUCAGAUGAAGCUGGAUGUGAUACAGAUUGCGGCCCAGGUGAGAGAUAUUGUGCUCCCAUUGGAUGUUACAGUGAACGAAUGCUUUGCGAUGGUGUGCAUGACUGUUUAGAUUACAGUGACGAAGCUAACUGCACCGAUACCAAGAGUGAUAAUCACGAAGAAGACCUGGGGGUAGCACAUAUAUGUGGUCCACAUGAAUUUAGCUGUGGAAAUCCUUUUGAAUGUAUUCCACAUAUAUUAAGAUGCGAUGGAGUUGCACACUGCUUCGACAAAACUGAUGAAGAAAACUGCACUAAAAUAUUUGCUAGUAGUGAUUUUAAUGAAACCAUUACGUGCGAUUCUCCAGAUCGUUAUUGUGCUGCGUCGAACAAGUGCAUUACAGUACUUCAGUUGUGCGAUGGAAUAAUUAAUUGCGAAGAUGGCACAGAUGAAGGUUUUCGAUGUAUAGAGAAAGUUUGUGAAAAGAGCAACGCUUGUUCACAUUAUUGUCAUAAUGCACCAGAAGGAUUUGUCUGCUCUUGUCCCUCGCAUAUGUACCUUCAACCUAAUGGACUACGUUGCAGUAUGGACCAUUCCUGUGAACAUUGGGAUACUUGCUCACAAAUUUGCGAAAAAUCUGGAAAAGCUUACGAGUGUAAGUGUCAUGAAGGUUAUAGCUUGCAGUAUGACAUGUUCACAUGUAAGAGUGUAGCUCCUGAUGAGCCAUACGUCAUAUUCAGUAAUCGACAGGAGAUACGAGGAGUUAACCUUAAAACUUCUGUUGUUAGUAAUUUUUAUACAUCGUUGAGAAACACAAUUGCACUAGAUUUCUUAUACCGCAAUGAUUCAGUAGAGAUUUUUUGGACAGAUGUUAUGGAUGAUAAAAUUUACAGGGGCCACCUUGUUGGUGAGUCAUUGAGAAAAGUUGAAGCUGUGGUGAGAUCGGGCCUAUCUACUACUGAAGGGUUAGCUGUUGACUGGAUUGGUCUCAAUCUCUACUGGAUUGAUAGUAACCUUGAUCAGAUAGAAGUGGCUCUCCUUAAUGGCAGCUUUAGACGAACUCUAGUCGCUGGAGAUAUGGAAAGCCCUCGGGCAUUGGCUCUCGACCCUCGCGAGGGUCUUCUCUUUUGGACUGAUUGGGAUGAUAAUUUCCCUCGCAUUGAGCGAUGCUCUAUGGCCGGUGAGUUUCGGAGAACAAUUACUCAAACUAACCAAGUCAUAUCGGCAUGGCCAAAUGGAUUGACUUUGGAUUACACGCAGAAGCGUGUUUAUUGGGUUGAUGCUAAAGCAGAUGCAAUAUACACCACUAAAUAUGACGGAAGUGAUCAUCAUUUAGUUGUUCGCGACAAAGAGAUUCUGUCGCAUCCGUUUGCUAUCUCAGUUUUUGAGAAUUACGUAUAUUGGACUGAUUGGCGGACAACAUCAGUUAUAAGAGCAAACAAAUGGAAUGGAUCAGACAUUCAAGUUAUCCAGAGAACAUUGUCUCAACCAUUCGGUAUACAAGUACUACAUUCUAGUAGGCAACCACAGGAUGAAAAUCCUUGCGGUUUUAAUAAUGGAGGUUGCUCUCACUUAUGUCUGUUAAGUGUAAAGAAGACCUAUAAAUGCGAAUGUCCGCACGUUAUGCGCCUUGAUUUAGCCGACAAUAAGACUUGUGUGCCAAAUGAACAAGUUUUGUUGUUUAUAAUGGGAAAUGAAAUUCGUGGAAUUGAUUUAAUGCAGCCAAAUCAUCAUACAAUACCGACAAUAAGACAGUCACCGCAGGUUAUCGGACCACAACGAAUAGACUUCACUGUAGACGACAGUCGCAUAUAUUGGACCGACGUACAGCUUAACGAGAUAAAAACGGCUGGUUUAUCAAAUGGUCUUAUUGAUACUAUUGUGAAUACAGACCUUUCGAAGCCUUAUGGAUUUGCAAUUGAUUGGAUAUCGAAAAACAUGUUUUUUUCAUCUGGGAAGAUAAAAUGUCAAAUAUUCGCGUGUAACCUAAAAGGAGAAUAUUUUACUGAAAUCCACAGAAACCUUAAUGUUGUGGAAAGCAUUGCUCUUGAUCCGGCAGAAGGAAAAAUGUAUUGGUCGCAUUCAUCUCGCGAAGACAACAUUGCCAAAAUUGAAAUGAGUAAUAUGGACGGAUCUGGUCGCCGAGAAUUAGCAGUCAUGAAACAACUUGUUCAGAGUUUAACCUAUGAUUUUGAUUCACGUCGCCUUUAUUUCGUCUAUCAAGGUUCUGGAAUUGCUUAUUAUGAUGAAAAGGCCAAGAACAUAACUUAUGUUCUGCCAGCAAGUGAAGUUAUGACCAUCAGUAGUGUAACGGUUUACAAUGAUACUCUAUACUUCCCGGAAAACAUCCAAAGUGUCAUUAUGAGCUGUGAAAAAAACUCUUGCACGAACUAUUCGAUUUUGAGAAAAAAUACCAAAAGCAUUCAAGCUAUGAAGAUGUUUUACAAUGAAGCUCAACAAGGCAGCAAUACGUGUGCAGGUGAACGACGUGGUGGAUGUGAACAUCUCUGUUUGUCAAAACAGAGUAAUGAGCAUACUUGCAAAUGUGCUAUUGGGUUUUAUCAGGAUCCUAAUAAUUCAACACAGUGUAUAGGAAUACCUGAAUUCUUAUUUUUCUCCAACCAUGAACUGAAAGGCAUUACAUUACUUGAUGAGAAAAAUUCUGGAAAAAAUUUUCAAGAUAGAAGGGCUCUUGGUGCCAUAUCUCGCAUUACUCUGGCAACCUUCAUCGAUUAUUAUGCUGCUGAUGAUUAUCUCUACUGGGCUGAUAGCGAAAAGGGUAUAAUUUCGCGUAUCAAACGUGAUGGAACGCAACGUGAAGUUAUUUUAGAACAACUUGAUCAAACCGGUGAACAGAAUAAUCAAGAUUGGUUGGGUGGGAUUGCGAUCGAUUGGGUAGCUGGAAAUAUCUACUGGAGUGACACUAAACGAAAUAUAAUUGAAGUGGCACGUUUGAAUGGAUCUUCGCGAUAUGUUGUAAUUUCAAAUGUCGAAAAUCCAUCAGCUUUAGCUGUAGAUCCUGUUCAAGGAUUUUUAUUUUAUGUAGGCGAUCGAAUCAUCGGAAGAACUGGCCUCGAUGGAAGUCAGCCUUUUAUUUUGGUUAACCAAACUAAAGCUGUGACUAAUAUAGUGCUCGAUAUUGAUGCUACAAAGGUUUAUUGGUGUGAGUCUGGAAAUGAUGUUAUAAUGAAAGUUGAUUACGAUGGAAAUUUGAAAACUCAACUCUUAAAUCAUAGUUUGAACAACCCAGUUGCUUUAGGACUCAUUGAUAAUGUUAUAUAUUGGGCUGAUAAUUACCUCAACAAAGGAAGCAUUAAAAAGGCAUCUUUGCAGAAUAUUUCUGGUUUUGUUGAAGUUUUUAAGUCGGAAGGAAAUAUACUUAAGGAUUUAAAAAUAUUUUCAAAGAGAGUUCAAAAGGGAACAAAUCUUUGCGCUCAUGAUAAUGGAGGAUGCCAAGAGUUAUGUCUCUACAAUGGAACCAAUGCUAUUUGUGCAUGUUCUCAUAGCCGUGUCGCUGCAGAUGGUUUGAGUUGUGAGCCAUAUGAUAAAUUUUUACUUUUCUCAUAUCGUAGUUCAAUUGAAAGCAUUCAUAUGACAGAGCAUCUUAAUAAAAAUGGUCCAAUUGAAAAAAUAAUGAACGCAACAUAUAUGCGAAACGUUAUAGCACUUUCCUAUGAUUAUGACAACAACAAGGUAUUUUAUUCCGAUGUUCAUAUGAGCACUAUUAAUUCAGUGGAAUUUGAUGGAACAAAGAAUUCCGUCUUGGUGAAUCGGCAAGGAAGAGUAGAAGGAUUAACAUUUGAUGUUGUUAAUCGACAACUGUUUUGGACAUCAAAUAACGAUGCUACUAUAAGAAGCUUGGAUCUUUCAGAAGCAAAUGAUAACCCUGAUAAUAAUAGUCAACUUGUCAAGACAAUUUUAAAACUUAUGUCUCACGAUAAACCUCGAGGUAUUGCAGUGGAGCCUUGUAUGGGUAUGAUUUACUGGACGAACUGGAACGAACAGACACCAUCAGUUCAAAGAGCUUAUGUAACAGGCUUUGGAGUUGAAUCGAUUAUAAAAAAUGACAUUUUAAUGCCAAAUGCUCUGACACUGGAUUUCGAGGAACAAAAGUUGUACUGGGCUGACGCUAGGCUUGAUAAAAUUGAGAGAGCCGACUAUGAUGGGUCACACCGAGUGGUUCUUGCUCAUUCAACACCAAAACAUGCGUUUUCUAUGACAGUUUACGGCGAUCUCUUAUUUUGGACAGAUUGGGUGUUACACGCAGUUGUUCGAGCUAACAAAUAUUCUGGGUCUGAUGUGGUGUUUUUGCGUGAGCAUAUAACUCGACCAAUGGGGAUUAUUGCUGUUCAGAACACAACAAUUAAUUGUGAUUCCAACCAGUGUAAGGUUCUUAAUGGCGGGUGCGAAGACGUUUGUAUUUUACGAAAAAAUGGAACUGCAAGUUGUCAGUGUACUCGUGGGGUAUUAGCCUCUGAUGGUAGACGAUGUAUUCAAGCCGUAAAUAGCGUUUGUUCUACUGGACAAUUUAUUUGCAAAUCUGGGGAGUGUAUUCCAUUUGAAUUGACUUGCGACAAUAUACCACAUUGUCUUGAUGGUUCUGAUGAAGUUCGGAGUUAUUGCAUAAUUCGUGAAUGUCCGGCUGAUUUCUUCAUGUGUCAAAAUCAUCGUUGCAUUCCUCAUAAUCAAACUUGCGAUGGCGAGCAGCAGUGCGGAGAUGGCUCUGAUGAAUCUGAAUUACUUUGUAAAUGUGAAGCUGACCAUUUUCAUUGCGGCAGUGGAGAAUGCAUAUCAAUGCAAUAUCGAUGCGAUAGGUUAAGGGAUUGUAAGGAUUUCAGUGAUGAAAAACACUGUCCACCGCAUGAAUGUCUACAAGGAGAUAUAAAUUUUACUCAUUGUGCUGACUCAACGGUGUGUUACAUGCCUGAAUGGCGUUGUGAUGGAGAUCGUGACUGUCCUGAUGGAAGUGACGAAGCGGAUUGUGCAAACAUUACCAGACUGGGAUGUGCAGCUCGACAGUUUCAAUGUGCAAAUGGGCGUUGCAUCAACGAAAAAUGGCGCUGUGACAAUGAAAAUGACUGUAACGAUGGAAAUCCUAGUUCUGAUGAACUUAAUUGUCCGUUACAGUGCAAACUGAACCAGUUCCAAUGCGACAACGGGUGCAUUCCAAGCAGCUGGCAGUGUGACAAUAAGACUGAUUGCGAUGAUGGAUCAGAUGAAGGCCCACAAUGUCCACAUAGGGAGUGCCCACAAACAAAAUUUAGGUGCUCUCUUUCAGGAAGAUGUAUAUCUCACAGGUGGGUUUGUGACGGUGAACCAGAUUGUCCCGCUCCUGGUCUAGAAGAUGAGGGUGAACAUUGUGGAUUGAUUUCAGUUUUGCAUGUUAAUGCUUGUCCACCUCCUAUGUUUCUGUGUUCAAAUGGACAAUGUUUAGAAAGACAAUACGUUUGUGAUGGAGAUCAGGAUUGUCUUGGUGGAGAAGACGAAUAUGAGGAUUGUCCUCAUAAUACCUGGGAAACAUCGCUUUGCGGGCCUGAUGAAUUUUCUUGUGCCUCAAAUGCAUUAUGUAUAGCGAAAAAUUUAACUUGUGAUUCAAAAGCAGACUGUGAUGAUAUGUCAGAUGAGGAUGCAACACUUUGCGCUAAUUCCAGUCUAGUUUGCAAUGGCCCUGAACUAUUUAGAUGUAAAAACGGUGCUUGCGUAAGUUCGAGUGCAUUAUGCGAUGGGUCUAAUGAUUGCAUGGAUUUCAGCGAUGAAGAACGUUGUGGAAUAAACGAAUGCAAUAUUCCUGAUAUUUGCGAGCAUGAUUGUGUUGAUUUGCCUAUCGGUUAUAUGUGUAAAUGUAAACCAGGCUACAAGGUCCAUGAUUUGAAUCACCAGUUGUGUGACGAUGUAGAUGAAUGUUCCGAACAACGACCGUGUAGCCAAAUCUGUGUAAAUACUUACGGUUCAUAUAAAUGUCUGUGUAGUCAAGGAUAUGAAUUAAAAGACCAGCAUACUUGCAAAGCUACAAGCAAUGAAACUAUGACACUAAUAUUUUCAAACAGAUAUUAUAUCCGGCAGGCGGAUGCAAAGGGAAAUGUAUCGAUUCUGGUUCAUCAAUUGUCAAAUGCUGUAGCUCUGGAUUUUGAUUGGGAGACGAGGUGUCUCUUUUGGUCCGAUGUAACGUCAACAGUGGGCAUGAUAAAAAGGUACUGUCCAGCUGAUAAUAAGACAGUAACCUUGCAUCAGGCUAUGCUGAAGAAUCCGGAUGGUUUAGCGGUCGAUUGGAUUGGAAAGAACUUAUAUUGGUGUGACAAGGGCUUGGACACGAUCGAAGUGUCCCAAUUAGAUGGGAAGUAUCGGAGAGUUCUAAUCAAUAAGAAUCUUAGUGAACCUCGUGCGAUAGCAUUAGAUCCUUUCAAUCGAAAUAUAUUCUGGUCAGAUUGGGGUGACAGUCCGCACAUUGGGAAGGCGGGCAUGGAUGGAUCAAAUAGUCGAGUUAUUAUUCACGACAAUCUAGGAUGGCCUAAUGCUCUAACAAUUAGUUUUGAAACUAAUGAGCUUUUCUGGGGUGAUGCUCGAGAAGAUUUUAUUGCUGUUAGUGAUUUGGAAGGAAAAAACCAAAGAUUGCUUUUGGGGAGGAGUAUAAAUCCAUCGCUCAAGCUACAUCACAUAUUUGCGAUAGCAGUGUGGGAAGAUCGUAUUUACUGGUCGGAUUGGGAAACAAAAUCUAUUGAGUAUUGCAACAAAUACGAUGGAAAGAACUGUUCCACGUUAAUCACGACGAUUCAUCGACCAAUGGAUUUAAGGGUAUAUCAUCCUUAUCGUCAAAUGGCAUCUAAAUCAGGAAAUCCUUGUGAAUCAGCGGGUUGUGCUACGCUUUGCCUACUUUCUCCAAUAUUUCCUUACUACAAGUGUGCUUGCCCAAAUAAUUUUAUUCUUGGUGAAGAUGAAAAAUCCUGUAAAGCCAAUUGUACGGCUGCUCAUUUCCAAUGCGUGAACACUUACAAAUGUAUACCUUUCUAUUGGAAAUGUGAUACUCAAGAUGAUUGUGGAGAUGGAAGUGAUGAACCCGAGUCGUGUCCCGAUUUUCAUUGCGAACCUGGCCAAUAUCAAUGCUUUAAUAACAAAUGCAUUCAUCCUUCAGCAAUUUGCGAUGGACAAAAUCAGUGCGGAGAUAAUUCAGAUGAAAGGAAUUGUGAUAAGUUCACGUGCUUUGAGAACCAUAUAAAAUGCGAGCGUUGGGGAAAUAGUUCAGCGUUUUGUAUUGAUCAAGUAAAAAAAUGUGAUGGGGUGAAAGAUUGUCCUGGUGGAGAAGACGAAGCCGGAUGUACACCACUGAUUUGUAAGAAGGAUCAAUUUCAAUGUGGAAACAAUCGUUGCAUGCCUUAUGUGUGGGUAUGCGAUGGUGAUAUGGACUGUCCAGAUAAAUCAGACGAGGUUAAUUGUGAUCGCAGUUCGUGUGCAUCGGGUGAUUUUGCUUGUGCUUCUGGGCGUUGCAUACCAAUGACAUGGCGUUGUGAUGGCGAAGAAGAUUGUCCAAAUGGAGAAGAUGAGCCUUCAAACUGCCAUUCUUCUAAAGAAACUUGUGAUCCAACAUACUUUAAAUGUAAUAAUUCGAAGUGUAUACCUGGCAGAUGGCGUUGUGAUUAUGAAAAUGACUGUGGUGAUGGAAGUGAUGAGCUUAAUUGUGAAAUGAGGAACUGCUCGGAGAGUGAAUUCAGAUGUGGCACAGGCAAAUGUAUCAAACAUGAUCAGCGUUGUGAUGGAGAAAUUCAUUGUGAUGAUAGUAGCGAUGAGAUCAACUGUAAUAUCACCUGCAAAGAUAACCAGUUUAAAUGUGCAGCUUACAAUACUUGUAUCAAUAAAAACUACCAAUGCGACGGUGAUGAUGAUUGUCCUGAUGGAUCUGAUGAAGUAAACUGUACUUGUCCUCCUGAACACUUUAACUGUGCAAAUGGAAAAUGCAUCAUGAGCCGUUGGAAAUGUGAUGGUUGGGAUGAUUGUACUGAUGGUUCCGAUGAAAGUUUAGAAACUUGUGCCGAAACAUCCUGUCAUGUAAAUGCUUUCAAAUGCAAGAAUCUGAAAUGUAUACGAAAAUCUGCACUAUGUGAUGGGGUAAAUGAUUGUGGAGAUCGUGAAGACGAGGCUCCUGAAGUUUGUGCCGCACUUCCAAAGUGUAGACAUGAUCAAUUUCAAUGUCAAAAUGAUCAAUGCAUAUUAAAAAAUUUCCGUUGUGAUGGUCAAUACAACUGCAUCGAUGGAUCAGACGAAAUGAACUGUCAACCACCGGUGUGUGGCUUUGGGACUUGUUCUCAAAUUUGCAUUGAGAAAAAGGCAGGUCACUAUAAUUGCAAAUGCAAUGAUGGCUACUCGAAAGGUCCUAAGAAAAACGAUACAUGUAAGGCGUCCAGUCCGGAUCAGAUACUUCUUUUAGCUUCCGAACAAGAAUUCCGCUUCAUUUUGCCUGAAAAGCAGGAAGGGACUAUUGUAGUAGGUUUCUUCCAAACUAAAAGUCUGAAAAUUGAUGUUUUUGACAUCUUAAUUAGACCAAAAGAUACUUUACUUUUUUGGAUUGAUUCCCAUCAUGGAAAGGUUCACACAAUGAAAAUUGCUACACCAUCUAGUGACACAAAGCAUGAAUCUUUUCGCUUUAAACGUGAUUUAAAAGAACUAACGGCUUUUGAUAUUCCUUCAUUAAAUGACCCUAAGUCGUUAGCGGUCGAUUGGGUGACCCAUAUGGUUUACAUUAUCGACUCUCGCCUGAACGAAAUAAUAGCUACUGAUAUUGAUGGCAAAAAAUACAUGCCGUUGGUAUCCACAGGAAUGAAUCCAACAGACAUUGUUUUAGAACCCGAGUCCCGUAUAAUGAUCUGGUCAACGUUAGAAAAUGGAAUAUUAAUUGCUUCACUGGAUGGAUCAAACAAGAAAAGCCUUGUUGAAAUUGAUGUUGGUUGGCCAAUUAGUUUGUCUAUAGAUUAUCCUACUGGCCGGUUGUAUUGGGCUGACUAUCGCAAGGGUACUAUUGAAACUUGUCGAUUAAAUGGGAAGGAUAGAAAUGUUGUUCGAAGAUUUUCGAAUAAAGAAAAACCACAAAAGAUCGACGUAUUCGAGGAUUAUUUGUAUAUUAAAUUGUAUGAUCAGAGUAUUAUUAAGAUGAAUAAGUUUGGGAAUGAUAAUGGCACGUAUUUACUAAAGGGAUAUCGGUCUUCAGACAUCGGAAUACUACAUCCGUUAAAACAAAACAAAAAUAUUACAAAUCCAUGUGCUAAGGAACCAUGUAAAGCCAUACGGGCACUAUGUGUUCUGUCAUCUGAAAGCAAUACAGGUCAUACCUGCCUUUGUCCAAGCGGACUGGUUAUGGUGAAUAAUGAAUGCAAACCACACACUGAAGUUCCAGAUUACUGUCCACUGAAAUGUAAUCUCGGUACCUGCAAAGUUAUCGAUCACGUUCCAAAAUGCAUCUGUCAACCACAGUUCGAAGGAGAUCUUUGUGAACAUUAUCGUUGCUCGAGAUAUUGUAUGAAUGGAGGAUUAUGUACAGUUGCAGCAUUUUUACCCAGCUCAGCGGAACCACCACCUUUGAAGUGCCUUUGUCCCCCUGGAUGGACAGGAGCUAAAUGUGAGACAUCUGUUCCAGAAUGUCAGAGCCGUUGCCAUAACGGCGGAUCCUGCUUAAUUACAGAAGAAGGAAUGAAGUGCACAUGUCCUGAUAUGUUUGUUGGCGAAAAAUGUGAACACUGUGCUAAUCUGACUUGUGAGAAUAGAGGAAUUUGCCGAGAAACAGUAAUGGGCACCUCACAAUGUGAUUGUCCAGACGGAUAUACGGGAAAGCGGUGUGAAACAAAUGUUUGUGAUGGCUUCUGUAAAAAUAAUGGAUCUUGCACCAUUGGUAACAAAGGAGGGCCCCAGUGCGAAUGCGCAUUUGGAUAUUAUGGUGAACAAUGCGAAUCACAUUCGUGCAACGAAUAUUGCUUAAAUAGUGGUACUUGCACCGAUCGGGGGCAGCAAAUGCUUUGUGCUUGUACAGAACGUUAUGGUGGUGAUCGUUGCGAGAUAGAUCUAUGCCAAACCUUAAGUCCACCAAGAUUUUGUGAUCAGUCUCUGGUACCAGCACGCUCCCCUUGUACGGGAAUAAUCUGCAAAAAUAAUGGUGUUUGUCAUGUUAUCAAAGGAAUGGCGAUGUGUAACUGCACGGACCAAUUUAAUGGAAAUUUAUGCGAAAAACCUAUCCGCUAUGACAAUCCAUGCUUAGGUUAUUGUCAAAAUAACGGCAUUUGUAAGUUAGAAGCUUAUACAGUGCCUUAUUGUUCCUGCAUCGGCGAAUGGGAAGGUAUUCGUUGUGAUAAACCUCCAAAGUGCGUAAACUAUUGCGGAGUUUGUACAAAAGGCAGCUUUAUUAAUGAAUGUCUAUGCGCAGAUGAUACAAUAGCAGCCUGUUUAUCAAAUAGUCCUGAUGCACUUGGAGCAACUAAAGAUGAAUCAACACGGAUUUUAACAAUACUAAGCGUAUUGUUGUCUACAAUGAUUUUAUUAAUUGCCUUAUUUGUCGGUGCCAUUUUCUUUUUAAAAAAAAGAAAAAUCAGUCAACCGUUCUCCCACGCAAGGCUCACAGAUAACGUAGAAAUAACUAACCCAAUGUACAGAGGUGAUAUCGAUGAAGCUCCAGCGUAUGUUAACGAAGAUGACAAGGGAAACUUUGCCAAUCCAGUUUAUGAAUCUAUGUAUGCGGGUGCAAUUUCUGAACCCUCAGUCUCUGAGAGCGUAAGUACAGCACCUGACGAAAGAAAAGGAUUACUUCAACAUUCACACGAUGAUACUAGCGUACCCGAUAUUCUUUGAUUAUUGAUUGAUAUUUAGUAUACUCAUUUCAAACAACGUAGUCCUGGUCAAAAACAUCACUAACUUUCGAAUCCUUAACGAAAAGCAAACAAAAUCGAAUUUAGUCUAUUUUAUAUAUUUAAGUUUAUAAAUUAUUAUUGUAAGAACAAAAUUUUUAAAAAAAUGACUUCAUAUGCAUAUAAUAUAAUAAUACAAAAAUAAGUUCAUAAAUUUAGUUGGCUGGUUAAAAAUAUAUCGUGUAAAUAGAUUUUUUACUAAUGUACCAGAAAGAAAAAAAAAACUUUUUUUAUAUCUAAAAAUAAGAAAAACAAAAAAAAAAAACUAUAUAAUAAGAUUUGAUUUUUUAACGCCAACAGAAAAGCUGACUGCUGUGUAUUUUAGCUCAAAUAUUUUGUAUUUGAUAUUUUUAUAUUUUAUAUUAUUUUAUUUUUGGUUGAUUUUUUUUAGAUAAUACUUUUUUUUACAAAGUGAGAUUUAAUAGAUAUUUUAUUUAUAACACAAAAUCUUUAUAAAAUCAAAGGUUCAGCCUUCUCUCUGUAGUAACUAUUAUUUUGUAUUUAAAUCAAAAUAGAAAAAUCAUUUUUAUUGUUACCAAGAAAUUUGGUAGUUUUAUUAAUAUAGCAUAAGAAAGUCGCACAAUCAAUUUAAAUUGUAAAAAUAGUAUACAAAAAUGAACUGAAAACAAUUUCACAUUUUUUAACGCAAAA